UGUAAUGCCCGGAUCUGAUUUAAUGUCACACAUCAGAUAUUUUUCCCCACACAGUUCCCCAAACGUUAGUGUGUAACUGUAUCGGGGUCGCGCGCAUCGGAUGCUAGUCAGCUCGAGAAAAGAGGUGCUCCUCUCAGAACACGUGAAAUAAAGCAAAUUAUUAUUUUACCCUUUUUUUUCACUUUUAAGCCCGUGCGCAUUCCGACUCAUUUUUCCAGCGCGGAUCGCAGGCGUCUCGAGGGAGGAGCGUCUCGUCUGUGGGCGGGGCCUCGGAUGGCGCAGGUUUGAUAAAGCCCCGCGCGGCGCGUCCGUCUCCAGCGUCAUGGCGCGGGAACCUCCAGCCUCAUCGCUGUGUCCCGGAGAGACGCGACCCCCUCGCCCGCUCUCCUAGUGUUCCCUCCCUCCACUCUGACGGUGAUGCAAGCCCUCCACAGAUCCGGGCUGCACCGGGCACCUGACGCCGAGCUGUGGCAGGACAGGAUGACGGACCUCCAGAACCAGAGCUCCGCGAACGGCUCCGCGUACGAGCUCAGCCGCAACCUGGAGGACAUCGACUUGGCUUCGGACGGUACUCUGGGGCUGCGCGUCUUGAUGUCCAUCGUGUACUCGGUGGUGUGCGCGGUGGGUCUGGUGGGUAACCUGCUGGUCUUCUUCCUCAUGAGGGUCCGGCAGGGGAGGAAGAAGUCCACGAUCAACCACUUCAUCAUGAACCUGGCGGUCACGGACUUCCAGUUCGUCCUCACGCUGCCCUUCUGGGCCGUGGACACGGCGCUCGACUUCACCUGGCCGUUCGGACACGUCAUGUGUAAGGUGGUGGUCACGGUGACCGUGAUGAACGUGUACGCGAGCGCGUUCUUCCUCACCGCCAUGAGCGUGACGCGCUACUGGUCUGUCGCGUCCGCGCUCAAGGACCGCACGCGCAACACGCGCUGCUCGGUGAAGCUGGUGAGCGCGCUCCUGUGGCUCCUGGCCUCCGUGGCUUCGCUCCCCACGGCGAUCUUCUCCACGGUGAGAUCGAUUAACGGCGUCAAGCUGUGUCUCCUGCGCGUCCCCAACGGCCAGCACUGGCACGCGCUCUAUCACCUGCAGAAGAUCCUGGUGGCGUUCGUGUUCCCGAUGCUCAUCAUCGUCGUGUGUUACCUUCUCCUCCUGCGCCUCAUUCGCCUGCGGAGCAUGAACAACAACCUCCCCAAGCGCAGGUCCAGAGUCACCAAGUCCGUCACGAUCGUGGUCCUGUCCUUCUUCCUGUGCUGGCUGCCCAACCACGCCAUCACCUUCUGGGGAGUCCUGGUCAAGUUUAACGUGGUCCACUGGGAUAAAGUCUACUACGCGCUCCACAUGUACGUGUUCCCGGUCACCAUUUGCCUGGCGCACUCGAACAGCUGCCUGAACCCGGUCUUGUAUUGCCUCAUGCGCAGGGAGUUCAGGAAAAUGCUGAAGGACUUCUUCUGGAGGAUUUCGUCUCCCGCGAUCGCCAACAGCUGUCAGAUCCGCCCGUUCUCGGGCACCGCGAAGGAGCGCGACGACAGCCAGGCGGUGAUUCCUCUGAACGUGAUGGACACCGAGGAGUACAGACUGUCGGUGGUGAACGGACAAACCGACGCGUAACCGUCCACGGACACGCGCAAAGCCGUGCGUAAAAGCGCGCUGUUGACUCCAGACACAGCUCUGGAGGAGGAUAAAGGGAACUUUUACAAAACUCUACAGGGAUGUCGUUCGACCCUUUUUAUUAUAUUCUCUCAAGAGAUGUUUCAACAUGCUGCAUCCUUAAACGUGCGUGCCAACUAGUCUUUUGCGAACCGUGCAUCCGGGGCUUUUUCACGCUUCUGUCCAGAUUUCUGAAUUCUGAAGAGUGGUUUUAUUCGGUGUAAACGUGUGCAUUGAAGCAGACCUGGAUGUACAGUCUAUCGACACACAACACUGAGCUUAACUGCGAUGACAUUUUGAUAUUUUCCACUUUUACUGAUGCUUGGAGGAAAUAGAGAGAGAGAGAGAAAAAACAGAUUUUCAUGCAAUUAUCUUAAAAAUUACACACACACACAUGCAUAUUUGAGAAUUAUUUAUUAUAAAUAUUUGGUCAGCCUAAUGUUUUCAGGGUAAAAUAUUUUUGCAUUAAAUUUUAAAAUAAUAAUAAAUUAACUAGAAAGAAGUGCAUUUAAUAUCUACAAUUGCUUAUACAUCUUUAAAAUGGCAUAAAGAUACAACAGGAAAUCUUAUAUAUAGUUCUAUAUAA